CAGAUGAGUUUAAAAUACAUUUUAUAUUUGAUAUACUUCGACAUACAACACAAUACAAUAUAUAUGAAAAAAUGACUUCCACACACACCAUCACUUGAAACAGGGCUUUAGUAAAAGACCACAUGAAUCUUAUAGAAUGGCCACUUAUCCUCAACAUGAACAUCCACUUCAUUUAACUGAUUCAUUUGCAAUAUACCCUCAAUACCAAGGUCAAUGGAAUUGUGACAACUGUGAAAUAACUUAUGAUAGAACACAUACACCCUAUCAUUGUCCAAUAUGCUCAUACGAUAUCUGUCAGAACUGCUUCCAACAGAAAAAGCACCCAAGACAUGUCCAUUCCUUGUACUUGUCAAAAAUGACCGGUAUUUAUCCACAGUAUAAUGGAGAAUGGAAGUGUGACGCAUGUCAACGUACUAAAGGCCCGCCUACAUCUCCUACAGCAUAUCAUUGUUUUCAAGACGAGUUUGAUUUAUGUCAUGAGUGCUUUAAUGGAAGAAAUUUUUCCAUCCAUAUUCAUCCGUUAGUACCAGCUGAUGCUAAAAAUGUUUAUGAUAAUUCUCCUGGGUGGUGGAUUUGUGACAGCUGCAAAAGGACUGGGAUUCAAAUGGGAACACAAUAUUCAUGGCACUGUCCUGAAUGUGAGUUUGACUGCUGCGAUCGCUGCUUGCAAGAAGUUAAAAUAUCAGAUCAUACACACCCAUUGAAAAUUACAGACUCACGCAUUGCAUAUCCAACUUUUAAUGGUGGUUGGAAGUGUGAUAUUUGUGGCACUGAUGCGAAUCCACAAACACCUGGAGUUAACAUGGAUAAACCAUUUCAUUGUUUCACAUGUCAAUUUGAUGCUUGUCACAAUUGCGUGAAUCAAGCUCUUGUAAGAGAUCACCAAAACAGAGUGCAUGGUGACAGCGAAAGUGGUUAUGGAUAUGAUGUUGUUGGGGCUCCAGUCUCAGCAUACAGGCAUGUUGAAAGUGCUCAUGUUGAGAAUCAUGUACAUCAGCCUCCAAUGGAGAUGAUGGAAGAUGACAAUGAGACAGUUGAAAACCUUGAUGAUUCUCAAAAAUGUAUUGUUUGUUUUUCGAAACCUAAAAAUGCAACUAUUGUUCACGGGAGCACAGGUCACGUUUGUUGUUGUUUAUCUUGUGCCUACACUCUACAAAGGCGAGGAGACAGAUGUCCAAUAUGUCGAGCACCUAUUGAUCGAGUCAUAAAACAUUUUAAUUCCUAAUCACUAUGUUAACCAUUAAAAGUAAAUAUAUCUUUGUAUAAAAAUUGUUGGAAAAACACAUAUAAUAAUGAUAUUGCAGGACAUAAGAAUAUGAGUGGCAAGGAAAGAGAAGAAUAUUUAAAACAGACAAGGCUAGUAUUUUUUCCACAUAACACGUUUUUAUUAUUAUUAGUAUUUGAAUGGAGAGUAUUAUUUGUUUUUAAAUUUUUAUUAUUGUGUUUUUUUGUGUUUUUUGGCAGUGAUUGCCAAUCAUUCGUUUUUUGUUUUUUUUUCUUAAAAUUAUUUUAAUUUAAGAAAUAUAAAAGCUAAAAAAUUUGCAUUAAAAGUUAGAGUGGUCAAUAGAUUAAUUUCUCUCUUUUGGAGUUCUUUUUUGUUUAGUUAAUUAUGCUUAAAGAGAAUAUGCGAUUAUAUAACAGCUAUGAAACAACUUUUUUGUCCAGGAAUAUUUACAAAAUUGUUUACUAGUUAAGAAGGUGCAUUAACCAUAUCAGCAACAACCCCAUGUAUUUUCCUGGAGGUAUAAAGGGAAUUAAAAUUUUCUAUUAAAAUUUACUAUUGGCAAAAUCGCAAAAAUUAAUUCCCGCAAAAUUUGUUUCUCUUUUCUUGUUGGAAAAUGAUCGACACUAAUUCCAUUAUCCUGAUUUACUACAUAUAAUUAACAUGUGAAUUUUAUGUUGUGUGUCUUUAUUUUAUGUCUCCUCCAUAAAAGAGCAAUUUGCAAAAUUUAAUUCUCUUAAAUUAUUAGAGCCUUUUUUAGAACUUCUAAAAAUGUUUGCGAAAAUUUGUUCUCACGAAAAAAAAAAGGUGGCUGUUAAUUAAUUUACUAAAGUUUGUGUAUUAAAAUAUAUAUGAAGCAUGGUAAAUUGAUGUACAAUGCAUUCUUGCACAUCAAUUGUACAUCAAAUAAAGCUUUGCAUCGAUGCUUGUGUGCCACAAUCUUUAUAUUUCAAGCUCUUGCCAUGGAAACACAAGACUAUAAGUAUUGUUCAAAUAAGAGAUCCCCACCGCUGAUAUCAGCAUCCUGAGACCUUUGAUGAUAUUAUCGCAUGUUCUCUUUAGACUGCAAUUUUCAAGUUGAAAAUCUAAUGAAUUAGUUUUUGCAAUUUUUUUCUAACAACUGCGCAAGAAUCUAAACCCUUCUGUAAUAAAAUAUAAAAGAUUUGUCGGGAAAACAUUGUAGUUUCUACAAUGACAAUUUUAAGGUUUGAAUUAGACGAUAAAAUACACUUUGUAGGAGUCUUAGAAUAAAAGAAAUAAAAAGGCUUAAAAUUAACUUAUUUCCUUUUUUUCCUAAAGUAUGUUUUUUUGUUUCAUGUAAUCAUACAUGGGUGUCUAAAUAUGAGGAGAAAAUCUGUUAAGAUUCAUAUUCAAGAAGAAACUUGUCAAUUAACAAUUGCGCUGAAAAAAGAAAUUUAAUUUUAAAACACAAUUUUUUUCUGUUUUACCACAUGUAAGAAAGUAAGGAAAUUUGUGCAGGUUAUAUCAAUACGGUAUAUUUUCAUUGUAUAUAGGUAUCUUAUCAAAAUAAAUAUUUGUAACUGACUAGACUAUAAUAA